ACCUUGUCCCAGUACAAAUGCAUGCCGCAGAUGUCACAUUUGCCACAAUCCGUUUUCUCGUCAUUCCCUAGCGUCACCAUCACAACACCUCCUUCCUCUCCCCUUCUCGUCGGCAACGCCUUGGAAUUCGAAAGGUAGACGCUACCCCCGCAGCGGCCGCACUGCUACCCUUAGCAUCACCGUGUGGCAUACACUAAGCUCCAAGGCUCCGCCCGUUCAACAAGGCUCUAAUUCUGCUACACCACUUGGCAGCGUCGACAUCCAGCAAAACGCGCGCAACUGCUUCCCGCACCAGUUCAAGCACCGGCUCCAUCUCCCCGCCAAGAUGGCCACGAUGCCCCUCCUUGUCUUCGUCUCUACUCUCGCUCUCGCCCUCGCAUUGAGUGCGUCUCCCACAUCAGCGACGGAGCGGCGGUUAGCAGAAGGCGCGGCAUGCUACUGGGACAAGAAUUACAUGCCCGCAUCGCCCACCUGCGAGCAGCCCUUCCAGUGCGUUGUGACGCAGGUCCUCCCCGCGUCAAACGAGAAGCUGUUCAAAGGCGUGUGCGUAGACGACUCGUACAACUCGAACGACUACUGCAUCUACCAGUCCGUGUCGUACGCCGUGGGCGCCACGGGCAUCACCGCCAACUUCGCCUGCCCCAACUGCACCUGCUCGCGCGCCCCCGGCGCCACUCGCGCGUCGUGCGAGUGCGCGCCGGGGCCCGCGUGCCGCGUGGACGGUGUGGGGAAGGCGGUGGGCUCCGCUUGCUCCGGGCGGCAGAGCCAGUGUGUGAUCAACAGUGUCCGCAAGGGCACCAACGUGGGCACGUGCACGAGCCCUGCAUUGUCGGCGGGUCAGUGCGUGACGGCAGGGCCGGGGUGGGGCCCGAUCUUCUACAGCAGCGGCAUGGCAUCGGGGGCCGUGAAGGCCGGUGACCUGUGCAAGCGCUGCGCGUGCAGCAGCGGCCAGUUUACCAACUGCAAGCGCAUCAAGGGGUGCAAGAUGUGUGUGCCGCAGGCGGGAGCAGGCGGGGUGAAAGAGCAGUGUGCGACGUGUUGCAAGGGCGCACAGGGCGACGCUAAUGUGCAGGCAUGCCUGGUGGCAUGCGGGAUGGUCAGGCUCUGAUGAGGCCCGGUGAUAUGUGGUGACAUGGACAACACCACAAGGCAGGCACACUCACAGGCCUUCUACCUCAGAGGCCAAGUGCCACACCCACAUGCAAUAAGGUGGUGCUCUAGCUUAGGAGCUUCGCUUGUUCUUGCUUUGCUUGGAGAUAAUGGCACAGGCACUAGUUACCACCUAUCAAUGGCAUCCAGUAUAGUGUAUGGAUGGAAGGGAAAUCAAGCAACAUGUUCUGC